UUGCAGUUAUGAAUAAAGGAAACGCGUUAUAAAAGUGGAUCUUUCUAUCAAAAAGUAGAUCAUUUAAUUAAAAAUUAAUGUGACUGAAUAAGAGUCUGGCGCGGAAGAUGAUACGCAGCAAAUGACACAGACGCGCGCGUACGUGACGCAGGAUAUUAUUUUAUCUUCUUCCAAUGCCAGAAAAAUAAAUUGAUACUCUGCGAGUGGAGAAUAUAUAAAAAGCACCCGAGUAACUAACAUUCUCAGUACAAUAGUAAAUGUGUCAAAUUAAACUACAAUUCCAUUGUUAUCAUUGCUCAAUACAAUGAUUGUAACUAUUAUAUUAAUUAGUAUAUGUGUCGUUGCAUAUUAUUACGUUUUGAAUUAUCAACAAUCUUCUAAUAAAAUAAAAAGUGUUCUGCCUGGUCCGAAAACAUUGCCAUUUAUUGGGACAGCCUAUUGUCUUCUCCAGCGAAAUUCUGACGAAUUAUUGGAUACUUUAAUUAUGCUGAUAGAAGAAUAUUCAUCCCCUUUACAAUUUUGGAUGGGCAACAAGUUAUUCAUUGGAAUAAAUAAGCCAGGUCAAAUAAAGAAAAUUUUACAAAAUAAGCAUUGCUUAGAUAAAAGUAUAGCAUAUGAAGACCUUCUUAAACCAUUAUUUGGCAAAGGAUUAGUCACAGCUUCUGCAUCUAUAUGGACUAAAAAUCGAAAAAUGAUAGCGCUGAGCUUUAAUACAAACACAUUACGAAGAUCUUUUGAUAUAUUUGUCGAACAAUCCUUAAUAUUAACAAAAGAAUUAGAAAAUGUUGGACUAAACGGGAAUGAAAUAAUCUUUGUUGAACAUGUAACAAAAUGUACUCUCAGUAUUGCGUGUGGCACAAUGACGGAUAUAAAAAUGGAAUUCCUAUCAAAUGAAAGCCAUCAAUAUUACAAAGCAAUGACAAGUUUCAGAAAAACUUUUCAAUUAAGAGGACGAAAUAUAUUUUUAUAUCCUAAUUUCAUAUUUAAUCUUACUGCUACGGGACGAGAACAACGAAAGAGUGUAAACUUUUUACAUUCUUUCACAGAUAAGAUAAUACAACAACAAACAUCUGCAUUAAAUGAAUUGAAUACCAAAAGUAAAACAAGACAUAAGUCCUUUCUUCACACCUUAAUGAAGGCAUCCCAUACAAAUAAGUUGUCACAAGAGAUGUUACACGAUAACAUGAUUACUAUGUUAAUAGCGGGCACAGACACUACCGCCAUUACGGUAAAUUUUGUUAUCUUCAUGUUAGCAAAUUUCCCAGAUGUUCAAAUAAAAGUAUAUACAGAAUUAUUGGAAAUUUUUGGAACGAAAACGCCACAAUCUGCUCCAAUAAAAUACGAAAAUUUAGAACAUAUGGAUUACUUGGACCGUGUUAUUAAGGAAACUUUGAGAAUAUUUCCUACUAUUCCGCUAUUUUCACGACAACUAACAGAGGAUUUAGAAAUGGAAGAAUUUAUUUUACCAAAAGGGGCUAAUGUUGUCAUAGAGUUACUUACGUUACAUAGAAACGAAAAAUUUUGGUCUAAACCGUUAGUAUUCGAUCCGGACAGAUUUCUUCCUCAAAAUAUUGAAACAUCUUAUCAGCAUUAUUACAUGCCAUUUAGUAUGGGACCCAGAAAUUGUAUAAGUAUGCAAUAUGCGAUAAUGUCAAUGAAAGUUAUCCUAACAACUUUGAUAAGAACAUUUGUAUUCAAAGUAGAAAAUAGCAUUCAGAUAGAUAAAAUUAAACUAACUGUAGACCUAGUAUUAUCUACUGUUGAACCUUUAAAAAUUCAAAUUGAAAAACGAGAUAUGCAUUAAAAUGAAAGAACAUAUUCAUUCAAAGAGAAUGGUAUUUUUUGUAAAUAUACGAUUGAAGUCAAAAUUGUUCGCAGAAGAAUGAACAAGGAAAGAACAGAAGUUAAUUCACUUGGCCUAUUAAGCUUUUGUAAAAGAGUGAUUUUAAUUACAGCUUGAAAAUUUUAAGUAUAUUAUAAGUAUAGUAUUUUUAUAUUACUUAAAUAUGUUAUAUCAAAAUGCUGAACGAUUAUAUCGAUUGUAUGUUUAAGUAUACAAAAAUUAUUAAAUUACUGUAAUUAAUAUAUAAUUUU